UCUCGAGCGGUCGCCAGGGCUGUCUGAGAUGUGGACAAUUUGGUUCUGGCCUGUGCGUCAGGCCCUUGCAGGAUUCGCGCCGCAGGCGGAGACUGAAUGGAUGCAUUACAGGAAUAUUCCCAUAAUUCAUUUGACCUGCAAUGUCUGUUAAAUUCAUUUCCUGGAGAUUUGGAGUUUAAGCAGAUCUUCAGUGACAUUGGGGAACAGAUGGAACAGAAUGCUGCAAGUAUAGAACAUUGCAUUGAAGAAAUACAGUCUGAAGUGAACAAGCUUUGUCCAGAUGUGCAGCUGCAAUCAACAAGUGACUGUUUCAAAUGGCUAACUAGCUAUAAUUAUAAUUUAUCUAAAUCACCAUCCAUUCCCCAUGGAGAUUUGAUAAACUUCCUUAAAACAAUGCAAUAUUUAUUGAAUAAUGAAGAAAACCAUGAAGAAAUGAUUCUGGAUUUACUCUGGGACCUCUCCUGUCAAAGAAGCAUCUCAUUCCUGUACUCUCUGGGUGGGACAACCUUCUGUCACCUCUCCAGGACUUGUAUACAUUCUGUUGAGGAUUUCUCCUCUGUGGAUAUAAAGUCUAUUUGGGAUGAUGUAAGACUCCAUCUUCGACGGUUCUUAGUUACCAGGUUAGAGAGAUAUAAUGAGAUCAACAAUUCACAGCAAAAAGUUGAACUGAAAAAUCAAUGUCUGAAGCACUUGCUCCUGCUCUACUCAGAGUCAGAAGUGCUUGUCAAGUACCAGCGCAUCCAGAAGAGACUGCUGGAUACGUUUCUGAAAGACUCCUUUCCUUCCUGCAGCGGAGAAUCAGAUUUAGAAAGAACUGCAUGUGGAUACCAAAGUACAGUGCUCACAUUAUACUCAAUGAUAAAAGAGGAUUUUAAGGUACUAUAUGAAAUUUUAGCUCCGUCAUCAGUGAUGCAAUUCAUUAAUGAAACUUACCUGGAUACAAUUACAGAAGAAAUGACAAAAAUUCUUGAAAAUUUUUCUGAGCUGCAGUUCAAAGAAAAUGCUGUUCCCGUAGUUAAAACAAGCAAGAGCGGCAGCAAGCAGCGAGGAGCAGUGCGUGCUUUGGGUUAGUGGCAUUUACAUUUCUGUUUGACUUCGCUUUAGCCUUUCACAUCUUUAACUUUCAGGUUUCUCUGUUGUCGAAAAAUAGCUAAAUCCCACUGCAAACUAAACAGUAAAUGAGCUAAACAGCUUGCCACUCAUUAUUUCUUUGUAAGUGUAGUCGUGAAAACCUUUCCUCUCUUGUGAACGUGUUAGGGGUACUGAAAAUGUAAGCCAAAUGAAGUUUUAUUUUUCUGGAAUGCAUAAAGCAAAAGGAAAGUAUUAGGUAAAAGAAACUCAUGUAUGGGUGCAUACAAAUAUAAAUAUAUACAAAUAUAUGUGCAACCAUAGAGCAUGGAUUUUACUGUAUUAUGUCGUCCAAAGCCAAAAUGUUAUUACUUACAAAGAGUUGUUCAAAGUCGGUUUACAUUGACACUGACUAAAACUAGAGGUCCUAAAGUUGCAUUUAGCUAGCCAGUACUAAUAAUUAGAAAUUAUAAAUAUUAAUCACACAAGCCUUUUGCAUUGCUUAUGAGGCAUAGUCCUUUUUGAAUCAUUUUUAAAAUCUCUAUUUUAUAUGACAACAUAUAAAAUAAAAUAAACUUAGAAUUCUUAAAUUUUAUUUAAAAUAUUAAAAAAUAAAAAUACAUUAUAAUAAACUUUCUUGUUAUGGUUUAACUUUCUACCACUAAAGAAA